CCCUGUUAUUGACGCGAGUAGAAAAUGGAUGCUCCCUGUCUUCGUGUCAACUGAACGCAUCUUAAAUGCGGUUUCCCAAAGGACUCUAACCUAAAAUUACGUGUUUAUCGCUAAAAUCGAGUUAUAACUCCAUUGUAUUGGUUAUGUAUUUAUUCUUCCCCCACUUUGCCCUUUAGCUGUUCUCGCUAAUGGCAGUUAGCCCCCCUCCCCCCCAAAAAGCUAAUGCUAACACAUUUAUUAUUAUUUAAAGCGACAGGAAAAAGCAACUGACUCGAGAGGGGUUACCAAUGGAUAAAGGUAUGGCCUGGUUUUGACUGGACGCUUCAGGUGAUGGCAGAGGGCAGCAGUGCUGGCGAAAUGCGCUCCUUUGACCCGACUUUUAGCUCUGAAGCGAGAAAGAGACACCUUUCUUCUGAUGGCAGAGAAGAGCCCAUGAGGAAGAUGCCCAUGUCAAAGUUAGGUUCGCGACAUCGAUUUGAGCCUGUGCACUUUGUAAGCGGAGUGAGUAGCGGACCAGGAGGAGGAUCAUUUGCAGAUGAGAAAGAAAAUGAUAAGGAGCCCAGGAGGAAUGAGUUUCACAGUGAACAUUAUAGGCAAUAUGAACACGCUCCUUACAGCAGCACUAGCAGAACAUCAAGCUCCUCCCUCAGGCCUUCUUAUGAUAGAGAGCAACCUCACAGCUUUGACUCUUGGGCCUCUCGCAGGGAUCGAGACCGGGACAGAAAUAACGUUCCUUCGGGCUCACUCUCAGGGUACGGCGGCCUUGGGUCCUCAUCCAACUUCAUGGCAAAAUUGCAACAAGAUUAUACAAACAAGUAUGAGGCCCACAGCUUUCGCAACGCAGAUUCCUAUUCGCAGCAAUACAGGAACAACGAAUACGGGGGAGGGAACAGGUCAGCUGGCUGGAACUGCAGACGUCAGGGUUUGGGCUACAACCACCAGGCUCCCAACCAAGGAUACAGCGGCCCCGCCGCCUCUCAUGCAGCGUCGUCGUCGCAGCAGCUCCUCCCUAUCGACCAUGGCAUGCUUGUUGAGAAGCAUCGACUUGUCGCCAGUCUGUCAUCCGCGUUGGCGGCCUCUUUUUGGGACCCUCAGUACGCAGCGGGACCGGAGGCACCAAAUUACAGUUACAUGUUGAGUCGCAGCAUCCAGGCGUGUAAGACCAACCCUCAGUACAUUUACGUCAACCUGAAGGAUAUCCCCCAGGCCGAUCUACCCAAAAACCGCAAAGUGCCAACGGAUGGCUACGCCUGCGAGCUCAGGUGUCAGGGGGUCUAUCUGGCUACGGGAUACUCUGGCAGUAAAAACGGCGCGAGGGACCGGGCCUCCGAGAACGCGGUCAAACUCUUCAUGAAGCCCGUCGAGGUGUGCGUGGUGCCGCGCAGGUACAGGCACACGACAGUCGAUGACAUGGUAGUGUGCCAGGUGGACUGCCCUGUCCCCUCCUUGGCGCCCGCUCUCUGGAACCCGGAGAACAUCGGCUGUUCCACCUUUAAGGGCCCCUACGAGCCUGACAUGCGCAAGCACUGGACCGAGUUUGUGGUCAUGGACAACGCCCAGGACGCCAUCUGCAUUCUCAACAAUUCGGCCGCGUUCAGUCACAUGAAAGUGGACUACAAGUUUGAGCAGCUGCCCAACGGAUCCUGGCUGUGCAGUGUUUACGUGCAGGACGAAAUGGUGGCGCAAGCCAGAGGCACCAAAAAGACUUCCAAACACGCCGCGGCAGAAGAGGCGCUGGCCAAGCUGCGCAUGAACCAGGCGGGAAGGCAGCACCGACAGCACGCGCCCUCGCACGCCAGGGGAAAUCAUCCCUCGGAGUUCCCCGGCGGGCAAUUUGGGAUGAAAAAGAAGCACUUGAGCGAGCUCGUCAUCUUGGAGAAUUCAGAUAAUGCCGUGUGCAUCAUCAACGACACGGCUCAAUUCAACAAGGUGACUGCUGACUACAAGUUUAUUUAUUUGCCCGAUCAGCGCUGGAAGUGCGAAGUGUACUUAGAAGGACAAUACGUGGCAUGCGGCGUCGGGGCCAAAAAGCAGGUCAAGCACAUUGCGGCGCAGGAGGCCUUGGCCACUCUGAAGCAGACGCAGGCCGUGGUCAAGUCCAAUCUGAGAAAAGAGAGUCACGACGACGCGAUAUCGCGUUCUCAGAUCUUGGGCCGUUCUGACGAGGAAGCCACGAGGCAGGAGAUAAAGGAGGACAACAUCGGGAACCAGCUUUUGCGCAAAAUGGGUUGGACGGGAGGAGGCUUGGGCCGAGACGGAGAAGGUAUCGCCGAGCCCAUCAGGGUCAAGGAACAGUUCUCCAGAGAGGGCUUAGGUAUGGACGCGGACAAGAUUGGGAACCAGCUCAACAAACGCGACAUCGAAGACAUCAUUCGCAGGUACGUCAGCUCGGACCGCCUGGACGACCUGCGCUUCUCCACCGACCUGACCAACGACGAGCGCAAGCAGAUCCACCAGGUGUCUCAAAAAUACGGCCUACGAAGCAAGUCGUACGGACAGGGCAGGCAGCGCUUCCUCGUCGUCAGUCGCAGAGUAGACACGGAUCAACUUAUUGGUCAGCUCCUGCAGGAUGGACAAGUGGGUCGCUACAAACUGGUCAAACCUCAGGCCUUGCACUGAUUUGCAUGUCCAACUCCUAACUGCAAGUUUGGACUUGGAACAAACAAACAAAACUCAGUAAGGCCUGGAAGGUUCCUUCAUUCAUUUCCUAUGUCAUUUCCUUAAUCAUGAACUUUACUUUAGCAUAAUGUUGUGUUCAAUGUCCUAAUGGUCAUGACUUAGUUACCAAAAAAAUGAGACUAUUUCACUGUGUGUAAAACAUAAACCUUGUCAAUUCACAGAACACUUGACCUAUAAAUCCUUAUGAUGCUUUUUUUUUUUUUUUUAAA